CCGGUUUCACAGGGCCAGGUGCCCUCACAAUUUGUUUUGCGCAUUGCGCCCGUCGCUAUGAUUUUUGCUCAAGCAUAUCACGAAAUGAAGCCAUCAAAUGGCAUUGUGAGAUGACCACGCUGUCUGCCAAAUCCACCUUUAUGCGGGGACUGCCCAAAUUGGCUUUUGCCUUGCUGGUCUUGCUGCCGAAUGCUCAGGCUGUACGUGACAGCUUGGUCAACCGGAUAGCCCCCACCAUCCAUGUUUUUUACGCGGCGGAUGAGUCAUCGAUCAACGGACUUUGUGGCUCCAUUCACUCACUCUUGGUGACGUGCUCUCAGCCGCAGCGAUUGGUUGUUGAUGUAGUGGUGAAGAAGGUGUCUUUCCCGAUUUUCCAGGAACGAUUUGGCAUGCAGGGCAAGUCGCUGUCAGCCGUGUCAACCCUUGGGGCAGUCAUACAGCUUCACCCACUUGAAGAUGCAAACAUUUCCGAACUGUUUCAGCAUCAGACAAGCUCCACCAAGUCCAUUGAGAAGUAUGUGCGCUUCUUCAUUGACACAUGGCUGCCUCAUGAAAUUGUGGUCUAUCUUGACACCGAUGUGGUGGUGCAGUCAGAUGUGCUGGUGUUGGGUGAUCAGUUGGCAGCAAGCGGCAAGACGAUGGCUUUCGUGGAGCGAGUGCCUCACGUAGCUGUGGGGGAGAAUUUCCACGCAGACAAUGCCAGCGACGCAGAUCUUGCCAAGUUGGCAGUCUCUCGGUCAACUCUCAUCGCUGCUGAGCGGGCCACAGAAUACAACGCUGGAGUUCUCGUGUUGAGCACCAGCCGGUGGACCAGCUUGCGCUACAUGGACAAUGUCAAGCGCUGGCUGCAUAUCAAUGUUGCGCUGCGAGGCAAGCUCUUGCGUGGUUUCGAGCAGACUCUCCUGAUGCUAAGCAUGGAGGUUUGGAGAGAACCGGCCACACGAGACUUCAUUGUCGUGGAAAGUGAGUGGAACGUUGAAGUCCAUCAUCAGCUCACCAUUGACCAACAUUUCCUCGCCCACCAGGCCAAGAUUCUUCACUUCAACGGUGACAACAAACCCUGGCUGCCCAGUGAAGCAGAGGAUCCAUUGUCCAUCGAGCUGUUUCAGCCCCACUUGAAGAAUUGUCACUUGCUUUUUCAAAAGGAGGAGGGGCUUGGAAGAGAACAGCCCCGUGUGCCGCUGAUGGCGGCAGUGGCUCUUCUGGUGGCUCUAGCGCUUCUCGUGCUAUGGAACAUCUUGCCAACCUGGAAUCGCAUCAUGAGCCCUUCCGAGUCUGCGCUGCACGUGAACUUGAUGAUUUGCUUCCAGGGCUUCAUGAAUUACAGCUCAGUGGUCUUAUGUGCAUAUCCAUUGUGUCUGGCCCUGAAUUUGACCAAUGCAGCUUCAAUGUCCGGCCUGGUCAUCGGGGUCUUCAUGGAAGCCAGUGCAGUUGGCAUGGGUGUCGGCUGGAAGAUAUUGAACGUGUAUCCUGACACAUUGCGCUGGCGCUUGAAGACAUGUUUGGUUGCAGGACUCUUUUGUCAGCUUCUUGGCGCGCUAGCUCUUUGCCAAGUGGCCUUGGCUGUCAGGUCUGGGCAGAUCUACGAUGGCUUGGUUGUCACUUUGCUGACAGCCAGGAUCAUUCAAGGUUUUGGCCAUGGUCUCAACGACCAGUUCAUGAAGUGCUGCAUUGUCAAGCUGGCUCCUGCGAGCGCGCGGUCACGCCACUCACUCAAGAAGUUUGUAGCCAACACGCUGGGAAUCGGAUGCGGCCCCAUUAUAACUGCAGUGGCCUUCUUUCUCUCCCAUGAUGACAUGGAUAUUGCCUCAUCGCAAGGAGCGCAGAUCACCAUCGUGACCGGCCAAUGGCAGGUGAUCAUGACUCUCAGCGCCCUGCUUGGAACUGUCAUCCUGUACCCAUCCUUGGAGGACAUGCCUGAGUACUGCAAGGUUAACAAUGCGGCUGCAGGGCAGCAGAUUACAGUCCUUGUGGCCAGCAUUUUCAUGGAUGCCCUUCGUGGCUUCAUGGUCUCUGGCGUGGAAGCAGCAUCCUGUCUACUCCUGCAAGAUCACUUCUCAUGGCGCCAUGACAGCGUGGGCUUGGUCAUUGGGCUGACAUUUUGUCUUGUGGUGCCAGGCUAUAUGCUGCACAAGCGCUACGCGGAGUGGUUCGGCGACGUCGCUUGGAUCAGGAUCUACACCUGCCUCGCCAUGCUGGCCACAGUCAUGCUAGGUACUGCCACACAGCCGACGGGCAUCAUCGCCGCAGAUUGUGUUAUUUUCCCGUCUGUCUACUUGGCAGGGGCGUUGAACAUGGGCCUUCUCAACAACAACGUCUUUCCAGAUGGUUCUAUGUUUGACGCGAACAAUGUCAUGCUCAUCAACGGCAUCAUCUCGAAUGGCAUCGGGCGAUUUGCAGGACCCGUAUUCUCGCGCUCUUUGAUAGCGCAACUUGGUCAGAAGGCAUAUGCUUCAUGCCAAGCUUUUGCCAUGGGCAGCGUUCUAGCUGCAUCGUCCAUGCUGGAGGCGCCAGUGACACUAUGAGGCUUGCCUAGCUCGACGUCCAAGAAAAGUGCA